CCUAAACUUAGGAGAAGCGCAGUGGCUCUGCACCGGGCAAACUCCCCCCCGAUGCGGAUGUCCCGGCUCGUAUUCCGAUAAUAGCUUACGUCCGUACUUCUGCCCUCACGUUAUCAUUGAACGUGCUUUGCAUGACGUUAAGGAACAAUGAAAGACUUCUAUAUAUCUGAGCUAGGUGAUGCCCAGAAGUUUAGACAAUGGAAUCAUCUCAGAAUAUCCUCGCCAACAUUGCAUACAAAGAGCAUUGAGCCAGAUUAAAUCGUCAAAUAGCUAUCGUCCUUUUUCACGGAACUCUUAAAGCCAUCGCCUUGUAUCUAGACUUGAUGACCCAAACACCUCACAAAGCCAACAUGCUCUCCCUCCUCCCUCACGCGGAAUAUGCAGAAGAUCAGAAACAUGCCAAGUCUAUCCUGACGUUUCACGUCCUCCGCUCCGGCUUCACAGCGGGCGCCUUCAUCUCCCUCGCCACCAGCGCAGCCUCCACACUCUACUGGCGACCAUCCCCGAGCACCACCCAGUCCCUUCUCUCCACCUUCGGUCGACGGUCCCUCGUCCACGCCGCACGCGGUAGUGUCGCCGGACUCGUCCUCUCCGCCGUGAUGCUGGGCGGGCGGAUGCGAGGGCGAGAGCCCAUCGAGUGGCAGGACCGCGCCUGGCGGGUGCAGGAAAGCGUCGGGCAGUCGGAAGCAGACAAGUGGAUUAUCGGCGGGGAGAUCGUAGGGAUCGCGGCUGCGGUGGCGCUGGCGCGGACGGGUCGACUGCCUGCCCUACAAGGAAAGAUGAGCACCACGAUCUUGGGCGGCGCGGGCCUGGGCGCGGCAGGGGGUACAACGGAUUAUAUGGUGUGGAGGUAUGGGAUAAGGGGGGAGAAGAGAACGGUUGCGGCAGCGGAGGCGAAAUCAUAAUGGUCGUUGCGAGUCAGUUGAAUGGAGGGUUUCUGCCAGGAAUAUGUGGAACACC